UGAAAAUAGUAUAAAUAAUUUGUAUUAUAUAAAGAUAAUACAUAAUUAGUUAACAUAGGCAGGCACAAAAGAUGCAUAUUAUUUUCUCCUUAAUUAUUUUGACUGCUACAUUUAUGGUAAGUGGUGGACACCGAAUUUUUCCACCAAUACAAUGCCUAAUAGUUUGCCAACCAGAUCUUUGUAAACCCAUUCCAGCUUGUCCUUAUGGUCUUAAGCUGGGAAAUUCGGGAGGUUGUAACUGCUGUGAAUCUUGUGUAAUUCCUGAAGGUGGCCAGUGUCCUUAUUACGUCCUAGUACCAGAAGUGAGUCCGAUUAAGACAAUUUUUUGCGAAAUUGGUACUUAUUGUUGUAAUGGAGAAUGCAUUAAGGAUGGCUUUUCAUGCUUAUUUGAUUCCAAUUCGGAGUCUACAGAGGAAUCUUCUACAAUUACCACAAUGCAUAUUAUUUUCUCCUUAAUUAUUCUGACUGCUACAUUAAUGGUAACUAGUGAACACCUACGUAUACCACCAGUAGAAUGCCUAAUAGCUUGCCCACCAAAUCUUUGUAAACCUAUUCCAGCUUGUCCUUAUGGUCUUGAGCUAGGAAAAAAGGGAGCUUGUGACUGCUGUGAAUCUUGCAUUAUUCCUGAAGGUGGCCGCUGUCCUUAUUACGUCCUAGUACCAGAAGUAAGUCCGAUUGAGACAGUUGUUUGCGAAAUUGGUACUUUUUGUUGUAAUGGAAGGUGCAUUAAGGAAGGCUUAGCAUGCAUACUUGAUUCAGAGACUACAGAGGAAUCUUCUACAGCUACCACAGUGACAAAUACCUAAUGUAUAAUAUAAACUAAUCUUGUUUUAUUGGUGUAUAUUAAUAUUUUGGGGUUUUAUUGGUUUUUGGAUAGAAUAAUCAGUAAUUAUUAUUUAUAUUAUUUUACCCAUAUAAUUGCACUGUACCUAUUCAUCAAUUUUCAAUAAAUUCCAAAAAUGAGA